AUGGAGACGGGAGCAGCGGCAUUUGAGCAACACGUGGAGCUCGAUGAGGGCGUGCUAGCAACGUCAGCACCGUUAGAAAAUGGUCAAUUGGAUCGUAUUAUUCUUCAAGUAAGUAAAGGACUUGCUGGUUAUCCAGAAUUGAGUCAAAAGACGUAUGAAUUACAUACUAAAUUCAUGGAGGAAAAAGCAAUUGGAGCUGCAGCUACUAUUGAGGGAAUGCUGAAUCUGCUCAAGACUAAUCAGAAAGCGCUUGAAUAUUUCAAAAGCUGCAUUGUUGGAGUUUUGACUGGUCAAUUACUUCCAUUGUGUCCUCCUUUGUUUGGUGGAACGAUUGCUGAACCUGUAGCAGAAAAAGCUGUGGCGAAGGUGGAUGAAAUUGUAGUUGAGGUGACGGUGUCUACGACUGAGGCUGAUGGGGAGACGUCGACUGGGGAAAAACUAGCUGUAACUUCUAGCAAGCAAGAAAACAGUGCUCGCAAGCGUUCUUGUGAAAAGACAAUCGAUACAGAAUUCAGAACGGAGGGAAAGCGGCCGAAGGCGGGCAACAGCAACACAAACAUGAAUGACGUUGCUGCUCCGCCACUGAGGACAGCGUUGGCACAGGAAACGAAGUACGACUCAGAUGAGGCCAAGGUCUGGGCUACCAAUCCAACGUACACGAUUCCAACCCAGUGGGAGCAUUUAUAUUUUAAGCAGGUUGAGGUGAUUAAUGUAAGUAAUCGCUUUGCAAAGGAGAAAGUCCAGGCAAAGCGUUUUGCAGGCGAACCGUUCUUGUUGGAGGGACAUGCUGGAUGGACAAAGUUUGCAGAUAGCUGGGCUAAGCCCGACGGCACACUGAAUACUGCAGCGUUCCUGCACGGUAUUCAUGAUGUGAAGGUGCCGGUGCUAGAGCGCAAUUACGAAGAGCGGAACCCCAUCAAGACACAUUUGCCGCUGAGCUAUUACGUGAAGAACUACUGGGAGCACGGCAAGUCGGAUUACUACCUGCACCAAUGGCAAUUUCCCCUGGACCCGAAAGCUGGUCCAUUACUUUGUUACAAGAGCGAAGAGCUGCCUGUGCUCGGAGACAACUUGCUGUUGUAUUGGCUUGAUGGGGUGCGUGGCGACAACCCACUGCAGUAUCUUUUCAUGGGUCAGGAGAGCACAAGGAGUCGUAUGCACUUGGAUCCGGGUGGCUUGGGUAUCACUAUUGCCCCAAUCAUUGGCACAAAACGUGUGACAAUGUUACACCGCGAAGCAGCCAAGCUGGACUCUGUGCACGAAUCCGUAAACUUCCACGACGUGGAUUUGGACAAGAUUCCUCAACUGGCUUUCCUGCCCGCAUGGCGCGUCGAUAUAAAGCCAGGACAGAUUCUAUACCUGCCUGAGGGCACAUUGCAUGCGUGCGAGAACGUUACAGCGUGCCUGUCGUGUCAUCGUUUCCAUGUUGACACGGUAAAUCUUACAGGCUUCCUGCGAUCAUUUUUGGCGCAAGAUUCUCCAUCAGUUAAUCACGCCGAGAUUCUUUGGAACGCAGCACACGAUGUAAUGUCCGCGAUCGAGGAAAUCUACCAUGCGAACAACCAGGUCCUUGACAAAUCGGUCGCCACGCUGCGCAAACUGGAUACGUUGCGUGGAUUGCGUCAUGCUUGUCGUAUGCUGUCCUUGGAACAAGUGUUGCCCACUGAAGACUCGUGGGACUGGAAGAAGCUUCUUGACGACAUUGAUAUUUUGCUGGUACGCGUUGAUUCUAGUGCCAAGUUGGACAAGAACAAAGACUUGAUUCAUGGGUCUCCAUCAAACGAGGUAUUGUCUGAUCUGAACGGCGAGGAAGCGGCUGAAGCAAAGCAGAUUAUAAAUGCACCAUCUAGCAACAAAAAUCAAGCCAUGAACAAGACAGAGGCAAGUGCUGCAAGCACUCAUUGGGAGUCGCUGAACCUGAAGGUGGGCGACACUAUUGGCGUUCAGGUCUUCGAGAAACGCAACCGUGCUGAAGUGUUGAAGGUUGCUCACGACAAGGUGCUAGUGCAGAUCCACUAUUCCGAUUGGGAGUCGAUCUAUGACGAGUUUCUGCCAGUAUCCUCUCUCUACCAGCAGAAGAAGGGUAAAAAGGUGGCCCUGAAAAAGGCACCUCAGGUUUACGAGACGGUGAUGGCACGGUGGGGCAGCAAGGGUGAUCUCUACAAGGCCAUUGUACUAAAGGUUAUUCGCACUAAUGCCUGCUACGUGCAUUACCUCAAGUACGAGAAGGACUGGGACCAGUGGAUCCUGCCUGGCCAUAUCUUCCGCAAGUAUCACAACCCGUAG